AUGUCACAACCUUACAACCACCAUCUCCCCUCAUCACCCAUGGCCCGAACAAAUUUGUUCUCAUCGGAGAUAACAUCUGCAACAAUGAAAUCCAGCAUUAACAGUGUCAUCAAUAAACCCCAAAAACCUUUCUUUAGGCCAGCCCAAGAUGACACUAAACCUCCCCUUCAAGACCCAAUUUUGAGGUCGGACCCCAUUGAGACAGAGGAAGCUGUUCUGCGAUUGCCUCCUUUCCCUUCCCACAAAUUCAAACUCCAAUCUUAGUUUUUUUUUCCUGUUUUGUCUUAAAUGUUUUGUAAUUGUGAUUUUAUAAGUUCUGCCUUUUUUUUCUUUUUCUUCUGUUUUUUUAUGAAAUUUCCAAGCUUAGAGAUGGUUAGACAAGAAUAUAUCCUAAGGUGAGAAAAUUAUGGAUUAGUUAUCUGAGUUAAUUAUUUGAUAUGAUACCUUGUGUUUGACACAAAUUCAAUAGAUUAUGUGCACUUUGUCA